GCAUGCUCAAUUUGUCAGAAGAAACGCCUUGUGCAAUGCCUCAUGCGAAGGCGGACUCGAAAAGUUUGCCCAGUGCCGCUGGAAGGACCAUUGAUUGUAGAUAUGAAUGCGAAUGCACAGAACGAUAUGAAGAGAUGGCGCAAGACCAAGUCUACAUUAAUGCCGUGCGCACGUGGUUUACAGACUGACAGAGAUGUUCUGGUAUCGACCACCACCAUAGCGUUCUACGAGAUCUUCCUGAACCACUUCACGUCACAAGGCGAGAGCAUGGACAUCCGGAACCAGCUGACAUGGCUUCAGCGUCUCCCACAUCUCGCCACAGACAAACUGGACAAGGCCUCAAUACUGGCUCUCGAAGCAACAGCAACCGCAUAUGGGGCUAUCAUGGGCUCCAACACGGCUAUGACCCGGCAGGCUCAUGAUCUGUACGGCACGGCACUUCGCGCUCACCAGAAUAUACUGCAGAACAGCGGUACCGCAAGCGAUGUCACGAUCCCUAUGGUAUCGACGGGUGUUCUUUUCAGCUUCUUCGAGACCAUGUAGCCAGCUACUGCUGGCGCAUACCACGCCCAUAACUACGGGGCGGCGCGACUCCUCGAGAUCGCUGGGCCGGGGCAGUGUGGAUAUGGCGUGCUGUGUCAGCUCUUCUACCAUGUCAGGAUGCAGAUGUUGUUUAUCCAGGUGGCCACGGAUGGUCUCAACGUCCCGCUGUGCGCAGAAAAUGUUACAUACGGCACAUUGCUGUACGAAGACCCGCCCAUGAUCCAGAAGCCCAUGCGUUGCGUUAUGGCGCUGCAGAAUUUGCGAGCUCGGACUGACGGGGUGCAUGGAUCCUUUGCGAGGCGUCAACGACGUCUGGGCCUACGAGUCGAUGGCUGUGGGACGAGGACAGUACGCGGGCACGUCUUAGCCAGGCUACAGGG